CUUUUCUAGACUCCCUGCACCGAAAGCAACUGAGGGUUAAUACUGAGACAGGUUUUGUUUUUCUUUUUUUUUUUUUUUUUUUAAACUCUUGCAUGCAAUUUCUCGAUCUCCAUUGAAUAUACCCACCGGUUGAGGGGCCAUGAACCCUCAUAUUUCAGUCCCCCGUCAGCAUGGCGGCCCAGCCAAUUUUGGCGGGACAUCUCCGCCAAAUCGAAACACCUCCAUACGGUUACCAAGGUUUUUCCGGGGAUUGUUUAAAUUUCCGCAAAUGGACUUUGAAAUGGCCAUCUGGGAGAUGACGUCUCUUCUGAUUGCACCAAAAAAGGUUUUCAAGUCAAUGUAUUAUCAUAAACAAACAAAGAAUACGUGGCACCGACCUGACCCGUCCUUCACGUAUCUUCUCUCCUUCUUUCUCCUUCUUACCGCUCUCGCCUGGGGCCUCGCAUACCGACCGAGCUUUAGUUCCAUUAUUCGGCUCGCUGCUUCUUUCAUAUUUAUCCACUUUAUCGGCUCCUCCCUUCUUAUUUCCGCGUUGGCGUACUUUGCUAUGGGAAGAAUAUUUGGACCCAGUGGACCAGCAUCCUCCCUCAUCGAAUGGCGGGGAAUGAGGUCCGGUCUAGGCCGAGUACGGCGUCGGGGAGCUGCUCAGGGGCUGUUUGCGCAGCCCGGGGAAAAAGAGCAGGUCGAGUUUGGAUAUUGUUUUGAUGUCUCCAAUCGCGCAUUUUUCCCUCUAUAUCUUCACUUAUACGUGAUCCAAUUCCUGCUUCUCCCACUAUUGACUCGGAAAUCCGAUUCCUCUCCAAGUUUCCUUGCUACACUCCUUGGAAACACCCUCUACCUCUCUGCGUUUACGUAUUACAUUUAUAUAACAUUUCUUGGCUAUAACGCUUUACCGUUCCUCCACCACACAGAGCUUCUACUACUGCCAAUCCUCAUUCUUGCUAUACUCUGGUUUGUCAGUUUGAUCCUGGGUUGGGGAAUCGUGGGCCAGGGGGGUGCAGUAGCAGGAUUAUUUUGGGGUAUUUAGACCGUUCGUGUGUUGAGUGGGACACUACCGACGAUUGGACUUUUUGGCAGCAUAAUUUGGGCCUACAGUUUGUCGCAAUGGCUGCCGAUUGCUCAAGGCUCAUGCGAUGCCUGUCUCUUGUAUACCCUCCAGAGUGACAUUUUUUAGUUGAGAGCGCUGCAUCAACCAUAGAUUUGAUUGCUUCUUUUGAUUUUAUUCUACAUUGUUGUUUUAGCGGGAUUGGCUUGUAUUACAGCUUUCACGUACGGAGAAUUCCGUGCGAAAUAUCAAAAUCGUGAUUCCUAGAUAUGCACUGGAAA